AUGGAACAAGAAAUGGCAGAACGUGAACUUGUCCGAGAAUUAUCACGACGAGCUCGAGCCGUACCAGUUGAAGUUGAACAACGAGAAAGGAGGUCAUCCGAGAAGAAAUCCUAUCCACGAAACUGCUACUUUUCACCAAUACAAUGCCUGUUUACACGUUCUUGA